GUUAGUAGCAGCCAUGCGAUUAUCGUUGUGGUGAUUGUGAUCUUGAGGAUAGUUGCUGUAAAUGGUAUAGACUUGAUAUACACGUAACACAUUCUGUAUACACAUUCACAAAGAAGUUUGCGACUGUGAUAUGAGUAUCUUGGAUGACACGGAAGACAGCGGAUUAGAAACUAUGAGUAUGAACACACCAGAUAGCCACGAAGAACCCCCUAAGCUGGAGCAAGAAGCUGGCCAAGGCGACCCAGUGUAUGACGGUAGCAUAAAAGCAACACCAGCAGUUCCACACGAAUCAAUACAACCAAGAAUCCCACAACUUGUAAGGGAUGAUGAAGAGGAGGGUGAUGACGAUGAUGAAGAUGAGAGUGCCUGGGAAAGAUUAGUGGGGCUCACAGAAAUGUUUCCCCCAUCACUAAGAAGUGGUGUAUCGUCACUGGUAACGAAUUCUGUCGGUGGCUUGUUUGGCCUGUAUGGCGUCAGCAGAACAGUAAUGUGGAUUCUAGUUUCUUCCUCUACGGUUCUGAUGGCACCUGUGAUAUUUGAGAUGGAAAGAUCACAGAUGGAACAGGCACAGUUGGCUCAACAGAGACAGAUCCUGCUGGGACCCAGUGCAGCAGUAUCAGGGCAGCAUGCAAUGCACGGGGGAGCAGCAGCAGCAGCAGCCCACUGAUUGCCCUAGUAUGCGACUAAAUCCAUGUUUUAAAUGAACAUCGAUUAUUGUUAAUCUUUCCAAGUUAAGCUCACCAUAUAGAGGUUGUAUACUCCUGCUAUACACAUGUAUGUCUUAUUCUAAUAUUUGUGCCCGUAAAAUGUUGCACGAAGUAGAGCUGUGUUGUUUUAAGCCCAAACGUUAGCAUAUAACAUGCUUGGUUGGGUUUAAGAGUUCGUCAUACACGAUAUCAGCUUGUAGUAGCUGUAAUCGGUCGAAAUUGUUAAGUUAGGCAGAUCUCAUUGGCGUGCUGUACUUCCUUUUUCGGCGAACAUUCCCGUUUGUUGAUUGCAAAUUUCCAUUGAAACUUCACAUACAGGAAAAAGUUUUAAUUUUUAAGUUAAAUUUGUGAAUUAGAUAUUGACAAGUAGUGUUAUAUAUUUUGUCAUCAGAUCUUCCUCACAUAAAAGAAGCAUGUCCAAAAACA